AUUUCAGUAUUGUAACAUUGUGUUUGCAAAGCACACGUUAAUUUUCAUUAGUUUGUGAUUCCAAAUUAUGCUUUAGUAACAUUUCUUAGUGUAGUAGUGUUUAGUUAAAAACAAUGACGCAGAAAGAUGAGGCAGGUUCGGACAUCAUCCAAAAAUCGAUUGGAAUCCUUGGAAGAUGGCACAUAGCAGUAUGUUUCAUGAUUUUUCUCGUCAAAUUUCCGGUAGCUUGGCACCAACUCGGCAUUGUGUUUCUAGCACCUCCUGUAGAAUUCUCCUGCAUUGAUAACAAAAGUGAUAAAUGUUCCAAUGAUUGUAAUAAACACAUUUUUGACAGAUCAAUUUUUACUGAAACAAUCGUCACCCAAAGGGACCUUGUGUGUACUAGGACAUAUCUAGCAAGUCUAGCCCAGACUAUAACCAUGCUUGGGAUACUGUUCGGGAAUAUGCUUUUCGGUUACCUUUCUGAUAGAUUUGGAAGAAGAGGUCCACUGACUGGAGCUGUGGUGUUGCAAGUUGUUUGUGGGAUUUGUACUGCGUUUGUUCCCUAUUUUUCACUCUUUCUUGUAAUGCGUUUUUUGACUGCUCUGGCGACGGGAGGUACAAUGGUCAUUAGUUUUGUACUAGUAAUGGAGUUAGUGGGGUUACAGUGGCGAACCACAAUGGGAAUUCUCUACCAAAUCCCCUUUAAUCUCGGCCACAUGUUAAUGCCCUUAUUUUCCUAUUUUCUCCGAGACUGGAAAUAUUUCCAAAUUGCAAUAUCCAUACCUGCUGUUAUUCUAAUCUCUUACUAUUGGGUUCUGCCAGAGUCUCCUCGUUGGUUACUAACAGUUGGUAAAAAGGACAAAGCAAUCAAACUUUUAGAAAAAGCCGCCCAUUAUAACAAACUCCCGACGAAAAAUAUCAAAGAAGACGUUUACAACUAUAUGAAAAAGAACAAAAUCAGUGAAGAGAAACAAGCUGGCAACAUUUUAGAUUUAGUAAAAACGCCAAUAAUGAGAAUGUACACUUUUUGUGUUGGUUUCAACUGGUUCGUCUGCGGAUUAUGUUUCUACGGAAGUGCACAAUACAUUGGCCAAAUGGGAGGAAAUAUUUUUAUUAACGUAGCUCUAUCUGGUGUUAUCCAAAUCCCUAGUACUUUCUUUUCAAUCUGGGCUGUGAAAGCGUGGGGACGAAAACAAACUUUAAUUUUUAGCAACAUUUUAGCAGGGAUUUCUUGUCUUUUGAUAGCUUUGGUUCCUGAAGAACCAGCGUGGAUAAGGAUAUCUUUGAGCUGUGUAGACAUGUUUGCAUUAAUUGUGUCUUUUCCAACGGUGUACAUUUAUUCAGGAGAACUUUUCCCGACUGUUGUUAGAAAUAUUGGUGUGGGCACAUCGUCAAUGUGUGCAAGAUUUGGCUCGAUGGCUGCACCGUUUAUUGCAGGACUUAUUACACUUCAGACGUGGUUGCCACCGGUUAUUUUUGGGAUUGUACCCCUUAUUGGAGCAGUGCUUUGUAUAAAAUUACCCGAGACACUUGAUUGCAAAUUACCUGAUACAAUUGAAGAAGCGGAACAGUUUGUAAAAACAACGGAUUGUAAUUCGGAAACAAAAUGAAAAUAAAGAGUCAAAAAAUAAAGUCUCAAAUAAGUUAUCUAACAUUCAAAAAUCGUAAAUCCCCUUCUACAGUACAGUCUAGAACAAAAAAAUCAGAUGACCCUUCUUUCUUAAUUUCAGUUGACUGUUUUAAUGCCACAUUUAUUUUUUACAAUUGAAUAUAAACAACUAUUUAUCAUGUACUUGACUUGUACUC